AUGGAAGAAACAAAGGCUGACUAUACAGUAGUAGAUUCUAAAACUUCUGAAAAUCAUCUUAAUAAUUCUAUAAAUACAAAUAAUGAUAAUAAUUCGUUAAAAAUCCUAGAAGAUAAGAAGCAAAAUAUAGGCAAACAUAAUAACAAAGAUUAUGACGGAGAUGAUAGACAUUCAUGUUCAGAUUCAUCUGAUGCUCGUCCAGAGUCAACAGAGAAUAAUGAAAAUAACAGAAAUUUAAUUAUCAAUUACCUACCAACUUCAUUUAAAAAUGAUGAUUUAAGAGAAUACUUUUCAAAAUUUGGUCCAAUAGAAUCUUGCAAAUUAAUUUGUGAUAAAACAACUGGUCAAAGUCUUGGUUAUGGCUUUGUUCAAUUUCUUAAUAUUAAUGAUGCUAUUACAGCACGCGAGAAAUGUAAUGAAGCAGUAAUAUUGGAUAAAAAAAUAAGGGUGUCUUUUGCACGACCAUCAAGUGAACAGAUAAAAGGAGCCAACCUAUAUGUUAGUGGAUUGGCAAAAGACAUUACUGAAGAACUUUUAAAAGAAAUGUUUAGUAGAUUUGGUGAAAUAAUUAAUGCUAGAGUACUUCGAGACUCAGCAACUGGAAAAAUUAAAGGUGUUGGAUUUGUUAGAUUUAAUACUAAAAAAGAGGCACAAACAGCAAUUGAUAUGAUGAAUGGUUUACAACCACCACAUGCAGCUAAACCAUUAAAUGUCAAAUUUGCUAAUAGUGUUGUUAAUACAACUCAAAUACCUACUGGAUUAGUAACUUUACCACUUGGUCAAACACCUAAUAUUAUUGCACCACAAAUAGUAGAUCCAUUUUUAAUGCAACAAUUAUUAAAUGUUAGCACUUAUAUUAACGAUCGCAACAUGAUUGGAUUAUCUGAUCCUGGACCAAUAAGAAAUACCAAAAAAUCAAAUCAUCGUAACAAUCCAUUGGGUGUACAACAAUCAUCACAAACUAGUGGAACACAAAAUCUUGUUUGGCCUAAUCAACCAAUACUUCUUAAUCAACAAUUACCAGUUCUUCAAUAUCUUCAACCAACACCAUUAACACAAGUUCAACAUAUUACACCUGUAUAUGGACAACAAACUACAACUACUGCUGCAAAUUUAUAUGCAAAUGCUGCUGCUGGAUUAGCUUAUCCUAAUAUAAAUGCUUUAUCACAACAAAUUCCAGCAGCCGUUGCAGCAGGAUUAUCUAAUGUUAACCUUUUUUCAACCCCAACAAAUGACAUUCAACUCAAUUCAGGUUACAAUUUAUAUGGUGGAAAACUUACUUUUAACACAACUAAAUAA